AUGGCGACGACAUUAGCGGGUAGCAGGAAUGUAAGAGAUUUAAGUAAACCAGAUGAACAUGGUUUUAAAGGAUUGAAAGAAAAUGUACAUAAUGGAAAAACUACUAAUGGUUAUAUGAAAUCAAACGAUCUAAGAAAUGGUGACACUGAGUUUGGUUUAUCGGGUGGGGGAGUGCCAAAGAUGGACUGGUCCAAGUACGACACAUUCCCCGGUUCCUUUGAGAAGUGCACGUUGUUGACAGCGGCGCUCACUCACUUCGGUCUGUACAUUCUCAUGUUCCUCGGCUUUGUCAACCAGCUGCUGUUCACGCCGAAGGUUGCCACGGAAAAGAAUAGAGAGGGGUACGCGCCGCUGUACGACCCGUUCGAGACGUUCUUCUCGCGCUACGUGUACCGGCGCGUGCAACAUUGCUUCAACCGCCCCAUCAGCUCCGCGCCCGGCGCUGAGCUCACGCUCAAGGAGCGCUGCACUGAUGACCGGAACUGGACCUUCAGGUUCACGGGCACAGAGCGGCGCUGCAUCAACCUGGGCUCGUACAACUACCUCGGGUUCGCGGGCCACAGCACGCACGACGAGGUGGCCGCCGCCGCGCGCCGCUACGGCCUCGCGCUCUGCUCGCCGCGCGCCGAGCUCGGCACCACGCGCCUGCACCACCUCCUCGAGGAGACCACCGCCAAGUUCCUCGGGGUCGAGGCAGCCAUCGUGGUGGGCAUGGGGUUCGGCACCAACACGCUGGGGCUGCCCGGCCUGCUGGGGCCCGGCAGCCUGGCGCUCAGCGACGAGAAGAACCACGCCUCGCUCAUCAUGGGGCUCCGCCUCGCGCGCGCCACCGUGCGCGUGUUCCGCCACAACGACGUGCGACACCUCGAGCAACUCGCGCGCGCCGCCAUCGCGGAGCGCAAGUGGACCAAGAUCGUCAUUGUGGUGGAAGGCGUGUACAGCAUGGAGGGCACGAUAGUGCCGCUGGGCGCGAUGGUGGCGCUGAAGCGUCGGCUGGGGCUGCAGCUGUACCUGGACGAGGCGCACAGCGUGGGCGCGCUGGGCCCGCGCGGCCGCGGCGUCUGCGACCACGCCGGCGUGGCGCCCGCCGACGUCGACGUGCUCAUGGGCACCUUCACCAAGAGCUUCGGGGCCGCCGGCGGCUACAUCGCGGGGUCGGCGAAGCUGAUCAACUGGAUCCGUCAGUACGGCCACGCGCACACGUACGCGCACGCGAUGUCUCCGCCGGUGGCGCAGCAGAUACUGGCCGCCAUGCGCCUGCUGGACGAGGAGGAGGGGCGCCGGCGACUGCGAGCUCUGCGCGAGAACACGCACUACUUCCGCGACCAACUGCGUCGUAUGGGCGUGGUGACACUGGGCCACCCCGACUCGCCCGUGGUGCCGGUGUUGGUGUACACGUUCAGCAAGAUGGCGGCCACCGUGGAGCGCCUCACGGAGAGCGGCGUGGCCACCGUCGGCGUCGGCUUCCCCGCCACGCCACUCAACAAGGCGCGCAUACGGUUCUGCCUGUCGGCGUCCCACUCGCGCGGCCAGCUGGAGCGCUGCGUGGAGGCGAUGGCGCGCGCCGUACGCGAGCUGGGCCUGGACUACUCGCGCCAGCCGCGCUAG